CUUAUUACUUCACAAAAUAAGAUGAAAACAGCCAGUAUAUAUUUUAUCAUUCUCGGAACCAUUUCAGGUUUAUCUGAAGGAGUAGGUGUGCUGCCAGACGGUCCUUUGAAUGCAUUUGUUGGUGGGAGUGUGAUGCUCAGAACAAACCUGAAUCCAAGUGAAGAACCAUUUCUGUCUGUGAGCUGGAGUUUUGUUGAGUCGCAUGUCAACCCAAUAAUAACCUCACUGUCCGACAGGAACGUAACUGCUCCAGAGUAUGAAGGCAGGAUCACUCUCUUCAGACCCACUGGAUCUCUGGAGCUCAGAAAUCUCAAAUUAAGUGACAGUGGACAGUACACAGUUAACAUUUUAACAGCUACCGGUGUGCAAGUGUCAGGACACACCAGAGUGGACAUGUAUGCACGUGUUUCAAACGUUGUGGUGAAAGUGUCCUCCACAGACCUGGUUGAGUUCAGCAGCUCCGUCCAGCUCUUCUGCUCUGCAUCUGGAUUCUCUCCGUCUUUCCUCUGGAUGAACGGCAGCUCUGAGCUUACAAAUGGGGACAGAGUUCAGAUCACUGACGGAGGAUCCACUCUGACAGUAUUCAAUGUGACCAGAUACGAUCAAGGGAUCCUGACUUGUCAUGUUUUCAAUUAUUUCAGUCGUGAUAGCAGUGAUCCAGUUUACCUCUCCAUCUACUAUGGACCAGACAGUAUUUCAGUGACUGUAUCUCCACAUCAAGAAAAAUAUGAAGAAGGCUCAGAUAUCAACAUGUUCUGCUUUGCUGAAUCCAACCCUCCUGCCAAUUUUCAGUGGUUUCUGAAUGAAACCCUGCUAUUUGUUUUGGGACCAAACCUCAGAAUGACAAACAUCCAGCUCAAUGAGAACGGGAACUACAGCUGUCGGGCUCUUAACAUCGAAACACUGCUGCACAAAAUCUCUGAUCCUUUUGUCAUCUCUGUUGUGAAAACUGAAGGUCUCCCUGGAGGCGCCAUUGCUGGGAUAGUAAUCGCAUGUUUGGUAGUUGCAGCUGGAGCUGCUGGAGGCUACUUUAUGUAUAAAAGAAAAAAAAGUGUGAGUGCAAAACCUGAUGCAGGUAAAUGUGAAGAGCAUAUCUAUGAGGAUAUCUCAGUCAUAUAUAAUAGAACAAUCAGUAUAAAAAAGUCAAUCUCCCAGUAAAGAAAGUCAGAAAUCUGAGAAAAUUAAGAGACCAUCAACCUUAAGAACCCUAAAGGAGGAAAGAAGAUGUUAAAAUUGUUAAACAUAAUCUGAUACAAGUGUUCAGGUGUAUAUGUGUGUGUUUCUAAAGUUUACACUCAUAGUUUCCACCUUUACAUUGUCUUCAUAAGGAUUUAAUUCAGGAUGUGAAAUAAUGUAUUAGUUUAGGAUUUAUGGUGAUGAAACAUGUGCUCUCCUUUCUGUUUAGUUUCUUAGUUUAUUCUUCUAGUCUUUGCAUUUCUCUUUUCUCUCUCACUCUUUCUGGCUAACAUUAGUCAUUCCACAUAACUGGCUAAAAGCUAAGGGGGACCAGACCUUUCAGUCGGCAGCCCCCAGGCUGUGGAACAGUUUGCUCUUGCA